AUGGCUUUGGACGCCAAGGAGAUCGAGCUGAAGGCCAAGGCGCUCACCAAGGCAGCGACGUCUAAUGAGCCGCCCGCGAGUAUUGUCGCGCUGCUGAAGGAGCUGCAGAACGGGGUGAGCGCCACGGAAGACCUGUUACGGUCGACGCGGGUUGGAAUCAUCGUCAACAAAUUCAAGCAGCACAAGUCGCCCGAGGUGGCGCGGCUAUCGAGCGAGAUUGUUUCGCGGUGGAGGAACGAGGUGAACAAGCAAAAGGCGACGGGGUCUCCCGGGGCGAGCCAGCGGUCCAGCGGGUCUCCGCGACGGACGCCGAACGGCACGGCGUCGCCUGCGGCCACGCCGUCCGACAAGGCGAGCAAGCUGUCUGUAGCGCCGGAGAAGCGGACCUGGAAGGCGGACGGGGUUGACGUCAACCAGACGGGCAACCGGAUUCGCGACAGCUGCGUCGGGCUCAUGUACGACGGGCUGUGCCAAUACUCGACGGAGGCGCCGCGGACGGUGCUGGCCAAGGCGAACGCGGUGGAGACGGCGGCAUACAACGCCCUCGGCCCGGAGACCAAGGAACAGUACCGCACGAAGAUCCGCAGCCUGUACCAGAACCUGAAGAACAAGUCGAACCCGAAGCUGCGCGUGCGCGUGCUGUCGGACGAGAUCACGGCGGAGCAGUUCGUGACGAUGACUCACGACGAGCUCAAAUCGGCGGAGCAGCGCGAGAAGGACCUCAAGAUCCAGAAGGAGAACAUGGACAAGGCCAUGGUCGCUCAGGCUGAGCGCAGCAUCAGCACCAGCCUGCAGUGUGGCAAGUGUGGCCAGCGCAAGGUCACCUACACCGAAGCCCAGACUCGCAGUGCCGACGAACCGAUGACGCUGUUCUGUACAUGCAUGAACUGCGGCAAAUCAUGGCGGCAGUGA